AUGAAUUUCCCACAGAUGCGUGUUAUUCUCUUGUCAAUCAUCCUGCUGUCACGCACUGAGCACGUGAUCUGCCAGAACUGUCCCAAAGGGACAUGCUACGCUGGGACCUUCUCCAGUAAGGACCACGUGACCAAGGGACGUUAUCUGUUGGGGGCGUCGUACAGGAACCUGAGCUCACCGGCAGGUCCUCAGGCCUGUCACUCGGCAUGUGUCGGCGACUGUCGGUGUCGAGCGUUCCAGAUGUCGGGCAAGCGAUGCGAGCUGCUUGAUGAAGACAAGGAUACCGCGCCUGGCAGGUUCCUCAGUAACCAUGACUACCACUACUAUGAUCUGAAACAGAAAAUCAUUAGGGCCUCUCACAUGGUGAAAUGCAGUAAUGGCUGCUGUGUGGGUCAGCGGUGUCUCAACGGAGGGACAUGCGUGGAACACUGCGAGGAUCCGAAGAAAAAGUUCUCAUGCGCCUGCACACCCUCGUGCAGCGGUAGGACGUGUGAGAGAUGCGGCACAUACCGAUCAUGCCGUGACCAUCACGUGACUUACCGCGAGCUUGGACAAGAGAUCGCAGAUGGGGUUUACCAAAUACAGACCAAGGACGGAAAGACUUUCCCGGUGUACUGUGCGUUUGAAAAAAACAGAGUCUGGACUUUACUCGAGUCAUUCGCUUUCAAACACAAAGACGAUUUUCUCUUGAGUUUUAUGGUAAACGCGCCUAGGACUGUUGAUACUCCGAACUGGGCCAAGCAUAGACUCACCCACGAAAGCAUGGUUCACGUGAGAAUCGACGCCACGAUGUUCAAAGCCACAUGCGCGUACGAUCAGAAGGCAGAAAUCCCCGGAUGGCCACAUGAUCAGAUGAUUGCACGGUUGGCGGACUGAUAUUUUCUCGAUAUUUACAAUAAAAUGCGUGAAAAUGGAAUCAAUUGUGAUACGAAACCAGUCUUGCUCGGGAUGUACGGCUAGAAUUUUUAAUUUGCUAACUUUACACCCACAUGUAUCUACCGAACUGGGCUACUGUGAGUUUAAACCUACAGGAACAGUGUUCAGUGAAGACAGCUUCGGUUAUUUUUUGAUAACAAACCCCAAAUCAACGUGCUGUAACGGCCCUGAAGCAACAACCCAGUGGUGGGUAGGGCACGAAGUCCACUAAUGAAGAAUUCCACGAUAACAGCAUGUGAUAAAAGAGCAGUGGAAACUUGAACUAUACCCAGUGAUGAGUUUCACACGAUGUGAAGGCUUUGAAUAACUGAAGAAUUCCACGAUAACAGCAUGUAAUAAAAGAGCAGUGGAAACUUGAACUAUACCCAGUGAUGAGUUUCACACGAUUUUGAAUAACUGAAGAAUUCCACGAUAAUAGCAUGUGAUAAAAGAGCAGUGGAAACUUGAACUAUGCCCAGUGAUGAGUUUCACACGAUUUUGAAUAACUGAAGAAUUCCACGAUAACAGCAUGUCAUGAUAAAAGAGCAGUGGAAACUUGAACUAUACCCAGUGAUGAGUUUCACACGAUUUUGAAUAACUGAAGAAUUCCACGAUAAUAGCAUGUGAUAAAAGAGCAGUGGAAUAAAACUAUACCCAGUGGUGAGUUGCUCACAAGGUGCAUGAAGGCUUUGAAUAACUGGAACGCACGAUAAAAAAAACCCAUAUGCUGCCAUGCAAAUGUAAAUAGAAUGAUUAUUAUAUUGUAAAAAGAUAGAUUGUCACGCUAGACAUUCCUGUAUAAUCAAAAUAUUCAAGUGGUUUUAGUUUUAGAAUCGAUGAAAACAAAUUGGUGGUCAGGUUUCUUUAAUUUCAUGAUUUCCUUGACGUGAUUUAUUAUAGUUAUUUAAUAGAUAUGUUAUCAAGUCUUUAGAAAAACGUCAUUGGUAAAUGACGUGGUAUCGGAAAAAAAUCACCGUUUUGAGAUUUCUCUCUAUUAUGCAGUACAAGUGGAAGGUUGAUUAUCCAUUACCCAAACAACUGUUUUAUCGACUAUUUUUCUUAAUCCUCGUAUUUCGCCCCUACUAGACCUAAGCACCGUCACACGAUAAGUCUUAGAAAUAGGCGUCUUCGGUAAUGUUUAAUAUCGAAGAAAGUAUAUAAAGAGGGAUUCAUUGCAUGUGAGCUCACGAUGCCAAAAAUAGUUAUUGGCCUAUAAUCAAAAGGAAACUUGUCAUAUUUAAACCAUACACUGACAAAGGUAACUAAAGUUAACAAAACUAUAGAAUUGCGGCAGGGAAGCGGUUUGCCCAUGUGGUCCAGUUCUAACAAAUUAAGUUUAAAAAUAAAACUAUAAAAAAAGAAAAGCAACCUGCACUGCUGGACCGCAAAAAGGGAAAAGUUACAUUGCUAGACAUUGCAUGCCCUAGUCUUGUACAACAUUAUUGUCGAGAGGAAUAAACCGGUACCUGCCGCCAA